UGAUUUGAUCUUUAGGUAUCUUUAUCUUUUGGGUAGAAUUUCAAAGCCGAGCAAAAGCUGUUAAUCGGUAAUAGGGGUUGUACAUGUAGGUCACACCACAGUAAGCUGCACUUAUACUGUACGCUGUGCCUGAAUAAGCUUUAAAGUCACAAUGACUUGUGAUGUUUUGAUUUGUUAACCUUGACUUUUCCUGCUAUCACAAAGAAAAUAAAAGAAGUUUAAUGUUUUGUAAAAGUGUCCUAUGAUGAGUGUCCAUUGAAAACUGACUUGAGAGCCAGACUAUAGCUGAAUUAUUAUGUGAACAUAGAUAUGAUUGUCGAACAGGGUCAAAGUACAUGCCACAAAAGAGUGAAUAUUCUGUUCACAAUUAAACUCAGAGGCCCGGCAGAACUACAAGUCAGUUUUUUACUAUUCACUUAACACCGUGGACGCUCACUUUACAUUUUGAUGUCAAUGCUGUAGUACGACAGGAGUUUCGCAGAAAAACUGGACCUGAUUAAAUGGCUUUUUUAUGCAGCGUCAUGUGACGACAGAGUAAUGCACCUCAUUAGAGGAGGAUGACCUUCAUGAGAGAGGCAGACCCACCCACACUCAUGCUGAAAUCACAUAUCAUUGUGGACAUUUUUUGACGGAGUUGAGAAGUUAACCGGUAACAGUGGGACACCAGACCAGGGAAUGACUGUACAUAUAGCACGCACUAAUGUCUGUUGAUGAGGAAGAGCAUGUUCAGGCUGGCUCAUUGCCUCAGCAUAAGGUAAUCUGAUGUCUUCACGAAGGCAAGAAGAGAAGACAUCCAAACAUAGCCAAACUGAAGUGGCUUCACACCAUAUACAAUACCGAGUUGUCUGACAUCAGAUAUUUCUUCAGCUACGUAUUUCAACCAGUUUUUCAGCAUGCCUCUGUACAUCCAUGCCUUGGCAUGUGCUUUUGGUCUGGGCUCCUGGGUGUCCAUUAAUGGCUUGUGGGUGGAGCUUCCUCUAAUAGUCAAUGUUCUGCCUGAGGGUUGGGACUUGCCCUCGUACCUCACAGUCAUCAUUCAGCUCGCCAACUUAGGCCCUCUGCUGGUGACCCUGGCACACAAAUUCUGUCCUGGACGACUACGUGAACAUCUGGUCAUUUAUGCGGUCCUGUCGAUCGGUGUUGUAGCUUGCGUCCUACUCGCUGUGUUUUGGAAGAACACCACUGUGAUCCUUGGGCAACCACGAAGCACAGCAUUUUUCAGUCUCACGUUUUUUCUCGCUCUAGUCGACUGCACCUCAUCUGUCACCUUCCUGCCAUUCAUGAUGCAACUUCCGGCCAAAUACAUCACCACAUACUUUAUUGGAGAAGGCCUGAGCGGUCUGGUUCCAGGCCUGGUGGCGCUGGCACAAGGGGUUGGGAUGUCAAAAUGUGUCAAUGUGUCUCAUGUGCCUGAUAACUUCACAGAGCCUGGACCUCCAAUCUUCAUUGUGGAGACCCAGUACCUCCCUCCUAAUUUCUCCACUGAGAUCUUCUUCUCCUUCCUGGCCGUAAUGACAGCAAUAAGCCUGGGUUCCUUCAUCAUAUUAAACCGAAUGCCUCGUAUUUUUGAACUAUCCACUGAAAAUCUUGUCCCGGACACAGAUGCUGUUGCAACAAUCUGCAGGGGUUUGGAAGAUCCUGUGGACCCCGUUCCAAAGACAAACAAUCCAGAGGAAGAGGAAAAGAUGAGAAAUACAGCACUGCUUUCUAAACCAAUGCACUCUGGCUAUCAGCUGGCGUUUAUCUAUUUUAUGGUUUUGUGGGUGAACUGUGCAACAAACGGACUGCUGCCCUCAGUGCAGACGUUCUCCUGCAUGCCGUAUGGAAAUAUGGCCUAUCACCUGUCAGCUGCUCUAUCGGCAGUAGCCAACCCAGUGGCCUGCAUCAUUGCCAUGUUUUUCCCCAAACGCUCUUUAGUUUUCCUAGGCAUCCUGUGUCUGCUGGGUUCUGUUUUUGGAGGCUAUAAUAUGGCCAUGGCUGCCAUGAGUCCCUGCCCAUUACUCCAAGACACACCUCUAGGGGAAGCUAUUAUAGUUCUGUCAUGGGUGUUUUUCACUGGUCUGCUGUCCUAUGUGAAGGUGAUGGUGGGUGUGAUACUGAGGGACCGAAGUCACAGCGCCCUCGUCUGGUGUGGAGCGGCAGUUCAAGCAGGCUCUUUGCUGGGCUCCGUCAUUAUGUUUCCCCUAGUUAGCAUCUAUCAUCUUUUCCAAUCGGGAGAUGUUUGCAACACCAUAUGCCCAUUAUAAUAAAGGUUAAUUAAAUCUAACAUGGGAAUAAACUACUGCUUACUGAGCCAAUAUCUGUGACAUAUUGUUUAACGAAUAUCUGGCACUCCUCAGAACUAAUAUUUGCACAUUUUUGUGGAUUAUUAUUUAUGGUGUCAAGAGUUCAUGCUAUCUGGAAAUCUCCAUAAAGUGUUUCUUAAUCACUUAUGUAUUACCAUAUGUAUAUAAUCUUAUGAUUAUAUUAUUAAAUUAUUUAGUAAAUGCUUACUACUAAAUGGAGGUUUUCUGUUGAAUGAAUGUUUUCUAACUUUCUAGGUGCUAUCAGAUUCUGCGGUGUGUUGUCAGUUACCACAGAUAAUAAUCAGUGCUCACAAUAGAAGUCUAUAGAUUGAUGUUGGUGUGUUGUUCUCUGUGUAAACAGUCCCUUUCUUUUUCUAUUAUGUGAAACCUUCAUGGUUUAAUGGCUUUGUAUGGUCACAGCGGGUGUUUUUUUUGAUAAAACUAGUUUAGCAGUU